CCAGGGACGGAUCAUCAAGCCACACAAGCAAAUCCCAUUCUCGCUCCAUCCAAUUCCGGUCGCAAGUGAGGCCCUGUCUCACAACGUGAAGCUUUCAAUGUUGAAAAUGUACACAAAUCUAUCUCCUCAAUGAGGAAGAUGAAUACUUAUAAACCAUCCAUAUUCUCACCUCGAAAGAAAGAUACUCCUCCUCUUCAUCACACUCACUCUCAAGAUCACAGUCGCUUCUAUACAGCUCACUCACACAGCUUCCUCAUUCCAAUUACUUCCGUCUUUCCAACAACUCCAAUUCAACCCGAUCUCAAAAUGCAUAUCCCUACUUUCGGACAGGUUGCCACCAUUGGCAUGGCUUUCUUCGCCGCCGCUGCAUUGGCUGCUCCCAUCGCUGAGCCCCUCGAUACCGACAUCGUCGAGCGAUCCAACGAGCUUGCUGUAAGUUCUGACGCAUUGACAACACCAGUGCUCACUUCCCAAGACGUGUCGAUUGAUUUGCUAGACACUUUGACUGACUUCUUGACUAACCAGGCCCGUGGCGAGGGACUUGCCUUCACCGCUGUCAGCGCCCUCGAGCAGCGUAACAGCAAGAAGAAGUGCAAGCGUACCAACAACAAGGGCUACUGCACCGAUUCCGAUGACGACAAGAAGGACAAGAAGAAGAAGCAGUGCAAGCGCAACAAGAAGGGCGACUGCUCCGACUCUGACGAUGACAAGAAGGAUAAGAAGAAGAAGAAGCAGUGCAAGCGCAACAAGAAGGGUGACUGCUCCGACGAUGAGGACGAGAAGAAGAAGGGCAACCAGAAGGAUGACAAGAAAAGCGACAACAAGUACGACGACAAGAAGAAUGACGACAAGAAGAACGAUGACAAGAACGAUGACAAGAAGAAUGACGACAAGAAAAAUGAUGACAACAAGAACGGCAAGGACAACAAGGGUGGCUACUACUAA